AGCAAAACUGGCCACAAACUAUGGGCGCUCCCAUUUUCCUAGCCAGGCCUAGGGUACCAGCAAAUGUCUCGCAGUCCUGUAUGGACCCUUACAACAGGGCUCAGCUUCAGGCCGUUUCCACUCAGAUGAACCCCAACCUGGGUCUAUGGCUACGCAAGGUCCACACCAAGGAGGUGGGCGUACAGGUGAGCCUUCGAGUGGACAAGUCAGUGCAGUGUUCACUGGGGUCACAGACCCUACACAGCAGCUCCCUCACGGACAGAACCAGCUCUAGGAAACCCACCGAAGCUUGGGAAGUAGGGCGGAGAGUCUUGAUCCGGCGACCCCAGGAUGGGGAAGACGAGGAAAGCCAGGAGCUCACAGGACCUACAGAGGCCAAUCAGCUGUUGCUACCUACAUGGAGACGGGAUAGUGAGGAGCAGUUCCCAAGGCUGAAGGAAUUGGGGGAGGAAUAUGCCCCCAGCCCUCAGGACAGGAAGGGCAAGCAGUUUUUGGAACUAAAAUACGGCUAUUUUCACUGUAAAGAUUGUAAGAGGAGAUGGGAGAGUGCUUAUGUGUGGUGCAUCUCAGGUACCAACAAGGUUUAUUUCAAACAGCUCUGUAACAAGUGUCAAAAGAGUUUUAACCCUUACCGAGUAGAAGCAAUCCAGUGUCAGACCUGCUUAAGAUUCUGCUGUUCCUGUUCUCCAAAGAAAAGACACAUUGAUGUCCGGAGGCCACACCGCCAGGAGCUCUGUGGCCACUGCAGAGACAAGAAAUUCUCCUGUAGUGUCUUCUUCAGCUUAAAAUAAAUCUCGUGACAG